GGUGCCAGUUAGCACCUCAUUAGCAUAUCCACGAAAAUAGAAGAUUAGGGCUGAAUGGCGGGACGGAUCCGGCCACGACAAGCAUCAAACUGAUCAGCGUCCCCCGCACUACCAGCCAGUACCGCUGGUUAGUGCGGGGGGGGGGGGAGAAAGCUGACAGUUUUCCUUUACAGGAGACAUGUUGACACUUGUGGACUUCAAGGGGCAGCUUGAAGAUGAAUUAACCCUCAAAGCUGGUGAAGUAGUAAGAAAUGUUAAGAAAACAGCUGAAGAAGGAUGGCUAGAAGGAGAAAUCAAUGGAAAAAGAGGGUUGUUUCCACAAGCUUUUGUUAAGGAAAUUCCUUCAUUCUUUUUUAACGAUAAUGGUCAGAGGUUUCCAAGAUCCAUAAGGAAAGCCAGUGCUUGUCCUCAGAAGAAGAAACAACGUUGGUGUCGGGCAGAGUAUGCAUACAGCCCCGGUAAACCAGAUGAAUUGGAGCUUAAUGUUGGAGAAAUUGUAGAAGUUCUAGAGGAGAUUGAAGAUGGCUGGUGGCUUGGCAAAAAAGGAGAUAUGGUUGGAGCCUUUCCAUCAAACUUUGUGCAAGAAAUUUCUGAGCCUCCUUCAGAUAAGAUAGUCAAUUUAAAGAAGAACAAUAAGCAAAGACCAAAAAUGAUGGACAUACAUUUUACCCCUACUGCAGACACCACGGUGAAACAGAAUGAUAAGGCUGCUGUGAACAAUAUAAAAGACUUGUCUUCCGGGCCAGUUCCCAUCAGUGAAUUUGCCAGGGUUAUGUUUGACUAUAUUCCUGUUUUGCCAGAUGAGCUAGCCCUAAAGAAGGGAGAUGUUGUGGCAGUUACCAGUAAGGAAACAGAAGAUGAAGGCUGGUGGCAAGGGGAACUUAAUGGGAAAACUGGUCUGUUUCCAGAUAACUUUGUGAUACUGAUACCUCCAAACUCACAAAUUAAAACCAGCAAGCCUCCAACACGAAUUGCCACAGUAAAAGGACCAGUAGCAAAAAAAGAGACAACUGUCGUUGACCUCAAGCCACCUGUGAACAGACCACAGUCACCCAGUGCCAAUUCUAGUGCAAAUUCUACAGGGCAGAAAGCAAAAAUCAACAAUACUGCCAUAGACCUCAAGCCUACAGUAAACAGACCUGAGUUACCCAAUGCCAAUCCCAGUGCCAGUUCCACCGGCCAAAAAGUAGCUAAAAUGGACACUUCUCCUGCGGACCUCAAGUCACCUGCGAACAGACCACAGUCACCAGGUUCCAGUUCUUCAAAUCAAAGAGAGACCAAAGAAAACAAAGUAGACUCUGCUCCCAAGGUGGCACAUCAACCAGGGAAGAAAGCAGCCCCACCUCCACCAAUACCAGCCAAGACCAAACCCAGCACCAGCCAAGCCAACAAGCCCACGACUGAAUCACAGCCAAAACCAGCAGAAGAUAAAAAGGAUAAGAAUAAAGAAACAAAUAAUUCAACUCUAGAUGGACUCAGAGUUUCAUCUGUUAAGUUGGCACAUCCUACAGCAGACAGACCAAAGAUGCAGGGGAAACGUCUACCAAAGAAUAAGAUUAUCUCUACGGGGAAUGAAUCUGUUAGCAAUAAAGAUGAAGAUCCUGUGAAUUCCCACAUAAAGAAUCAUCCAACAACUAAGAAUACUCCAAGGUUUUCUAACUCACCUGGUCAAACUAAUUCUCCAACUGCAAAGACCAGCACAAAUACUGGUUUAGUUUCUGUAACAACCAAGAGGAGCCCUGAGCCUGAGCCUGCACCGAACAAACAAGUGGAGGAAGUUAUGGAAGAAAUCAGAUCACUUAAACUUAUGAUGGAAAUACUUAAAACCAAGCACUUGACAGAUAUACAAGAAAUUAGGUCAGAAAUCAGCCAAGAGAGAGUAAAACGCUUAGCACUGCAGAUGGAAAUUGACAACCUCAAGAAGCUGUCAUCAUCAUCCUAAAUACCGUUGAAAACGUGGGCUGGUCCCAUGAGCACAUACAAGAAGCAGAAAACUUCACCAAAGUUGACAACUACAGAAAGAUGGCAAACCGAACACUCUUCCUGAAGACUUCUUUGAAAACAGUUUGGACACUAUAAGGCUAAGUUCACAAACCGUAAAUAUGAACUGUUUUAUUUUACUCAAAUGUUUUUGUCUGCGUAAUACACGCGUAAAAUAAAAUACAGUACAUUUUACAAUGUGUGAACUGAACCUUAGACAUAGUCUGAGACUAAAUAAUUUCACUGCCACUUAUCUUGUUUUUUUAGGCCAAGAUUAUUUUUGUCUUACACUGAGAUAUUUAUCAUUUACGUUGCAUUAUUCCAGAAGCUUCUGUAAUGUAUUCUUCAGCAGAACUGGUAUUUAUUGUUAAAAGCGUUUUCAAAUCAACUAUUGCCAGAAAGUUAAACAGAUUUGAAUAUUACUUCUAUUAAAAAAUCUUUA